CAAAUUUAUCAUAUCAUCAUUGAUAUUUUAAACAUAUUUAUGACAUUUUCCACUCAUUAGAAUUUAGUAUAUAUAUAUAUUUUCUUUAGUUUAUUAUAGUACUAGUUUGGCAACCGUUGUAAUCCCAUUCCCACCAUUCAUUCCUUUUAAAAACACACACAUCAUCACCGACAAUAACCAAUGACAUAACCUUAUUCUCUCCAAACAACAAACCAACUUACCUCAAUGUCUCCGAACACGCUCCUGUUCUUCUUCUUCCUCUUACCAACAACACUCUCAUCACAAAACACAACCUUCAUCUUCUCAUCUUUCACUCUCCGCAACAUAACCCUCCUUGGCGACUCCUUCCUCCGCCACGGCAUUGUCGGUCUAACUCGCUCCACCGCCGUCCCUGCUUCUAGCUCCGGCACUCUCCUUUACAACAACCCCAUUUCUCAUAUACCCAAUUCAUCUUUCUCUUUCUCCACCAAUUUCACUUUCUCUAUCACUAACUCAAAUCCUAACCCUCCUUCUUCUCCACUCAAUGGCUUCUCCUUUUUCCUCAACUCCACUACUUCUUUCAUUUCCCUCAAUUUUCACACCAAUAACAAUAACCAAGUUGAUUUUCAUUUCAACAAUACUUCAAUCCAAAAAAACAUUGAUUUCAAUUUCACAAAUGGAAACUCGAUAACUUCUUGGAUCGACUAUCAGGGUCCGUUUGAUGGUCAGGAUAAGAGACAGAACAAUUUGAUUGUUUACUUAAGCUAUGAAAAUUCGAGUUUUUCGAAGCCCGAAAACCCGGUGUUGAGUUUUGAUGUUAAUCUUUCUGAGUAUUUUAAGGAGAUUGAGCUUCUAUAUGUCGGGUUUUCGGGUUCUGCUGAAGGAAGUACUGAGCUUCAACAGAUCAUGAAUUGGAGCUUUGAAUCUUUUCAAUUUCAAGUUUUGAAUCAAACUCAAAAUAAAAAUUCAACCUUUCACCAUGUUGGUUAUCAAUAUGAGGAUAUUCCAGCUUCAAAUUCAACAAGAAAAAGUCAUGGAAAGAGAUUCAUGAUUGGUUUUUGUGUUGCUAUUGUGGGUCCUGCUUUUUUCUUUGUUCUGCUUUUGGUUUUAGGGUAUGUUUCUUUUAGGAAAUGGAGUAGUUUAAAGAAGCUUAAGAAGAGUGAAAGUUCUAUAGGGUGUCCUAAAGAGUUUGGUUAUAAGGAAUUGAAGUUUGCUACAAAAGGGUUUCAUAGUUCAAGGAUAAUUGGAAAUGGUUCAUUUGGGACAGUUUAUAAGGCUUUGUUUGUUUCUUCUGGUACAGUUGCUGCUGUAAAAAGAUCAAGACAUUCACACGAAGGAAAAACCGAGUUUUUAUCCGAGUUAUCGAUUAUAGCUGGUUUAAGGCACAAGAAUUUGGUUCAACUUUUAGGUUGGUGUGUUGAGAAAAGUGAAUUGUUACUUGUAUAUGAGUUUAUGGUGAAUGGUAGUUUAGAUAAGUUGCUUUAUAAGGAAUUUGAGUGUGGUGUUUUAUUGAGUUGGAUUCAAAGAGUUAACAUUGUUGCUGGUUUGGCUUCUGUUUUAGCUUAUUUGCAUCAAGAAUGUGAACAAAGAGUGAUUCAUCGAGAUAUUAAGACGGCGAAUAUAUUACUAGAUGGAAAUUUGAAUCCAAGAUUAGGUGAUUUUGGAUUAGCAAAGCUUAUGGAUCAUGAUAUGAGUCCGGUUUCGACGUUAACGGCCGGAACAAUGGGAUACCUAGCUCCUGAGUAUCUUCAAUACGGUAAAGCAACCGAUAAAACCGAUGUUUUUAGCUUUGGAGUCGUUGUUCUUGAAGUUGCUUGUGGUAGAAGGCCAAUUGAGAAAGAGGGUCAAGAGAUGGUUAAUUUGGUUGAUUUUGUUUGGGGACUUUAUUCACAAGGAAAGUUAAUUGAAGCUGUUGAUAAGAGAUUGAAUGGCGAAUUCGACGAAGAUGAAAUGAAGAAGAUGUUGUUGUUAGGUUUGAGUUGUGCAAAUCCAAAUAGUGAUGAAAGACCUUCUAUGAGAAGAGUUUUGCAGAUUCUUAACAAUGAAGCUUUGCCUCUUGUUGUGCCUAAAGUGAAACCAUGUCUUAGUUUCUCUUCUGGAUUGUUAUUGAGUUUUGAUGAGAUUGUUUCUGAUUUUGAUGAAAGGUUUAGUUCUAAUCAAUAUAGUUGCAAGAUACAAAUUGAACCAAGUUGUUGAGUUUAUUCAUUUGAUUGAUUCUUGGGGUUUUCAUUUUUUGGUUUUCACCACCAAUAUCCGGUCUACUAGACUGCCUAAUCUGGUUCGGAGUCAGUUCUGACAUCAAAUGGUUUCAGCUUCCUUCCGAUCGCAGUUGUUGUAGUUGCUGGAUUCUUGGGUUUUUUUUAUAUAUACUUUAUUGUAACAUUUUAUAUUGUAGUAGUCUUUAGUCAUGAGUUCAUUCUGAUAUGAGUUCAAGCUAAUCUAUUGAACUUCAUGUAACCACGUUGUAUUCAAGAUAUAUACAUUACCUAAAUUUACACAAA